CCCUGACUGACAUGUACUCACACUUCCUGCUGGUUCAGACAAAGAGGAAGAAGAACAAGUACCAUGAGGGACAGGAGAUGGGUCCACAGGACCUGAAGGAGGCUGACAGGGAAGUUCUUCUGAAGCUGGGGAGGCUGGCGUUUGAACAUCUGGAGAAAGGAAACAUAAUAUUCUACCAAGAAGAUCUGGAGCAGUGCGGUCUGGAUGUCACAGAGGCCUUGGUGUACUCAGGAGUUUGUACAGAGAUCUUCAAAAAAGAGUGUAUGAUCUUCCAGAAACCAGUCUACUGCUUUGUUCAUCUGAGCAUUCAGGAGUUUCUGGCUGCAGUCUACAUGUUCCAUUGUUUCACCAACAGGAAGACAAAGAUUCUGGAAGGUUUUCUAGAGAACUUCCUAGAAGAAUACAAAAGCAGACACUCAAACACAUCUUUUUUUAAGAACAUAUUCAAGUUUUAUAGCUUCCCAUCACUGGAUGUCUUUUUGACUAAAGCCAUGGAGAAGUCCCUCCACAGUAAAAAUGGCCACCUGGACCUGUUUGUUCGCUUCCUUCAUGGCCUCUCUCUGGAGUCCAACCAGAGACUCUUGGGAGGUCUGCUGGGUCAAACAAAGAAUAGUCCAGGAACCAUCCAGAGAGUCAGGUACAUCCUUAAGAAGAUGAGCAGUGAUGAAAUCUCUCCUGACAGAAGCAUCAACAUCUUCCACUGUCUCAUGGAGAUAAAUGACCUGUCAGUACAUCAGGAGAUCCAAGAGUUCCUGAAGUCAGAGAAUAGAUCAGAGAAGAAACUCUCUGAGAUCCAGUGCUCAGCUCUGGCCUUCAUGCUGCAGAUGUCAGAGGAGGUUCUGAAUGAGUUGGACCUGCAGAAGUACAACACAUCAGUCUGGGGACGACAAAGACUGAUUCCAGCUGUGAGGAAUUGCAGAAAGGCUCGACUGAUUCAGUGUGGACUCUUAGAGACUCACUGUGAAGUUGUGGCCUCAGCUCUGAAGUCCCACCCCUCCCAUCUGACAGAGCUGGGCAUGAGUGAAAACGACCUAUUGGAUUCAGGAGUGAAUCUUCUGUGUGGUGGACUGGAGAGUCCAAACUGUCGACUGGAGACUCUGAGGUUGAGUUACUGUGGUUUGUCAGAGAUCAGCUGUGAUUAUUUGGCAGCAUCGCUGAAGUCCAACCUUUCCCAUCUGAGAGAGCUGGACCUGAGUGAUAACAAGUUGCAGGAUUUAGGAGUGAAGCAUCUGUGUGGUCUUUUGGAGAGUCCAGGAUGUGGACUUGAAACUCUGAGAUUGGGGAGCUGUGGUUUGUCAGAGAUCAGCUGUGAUUAUCUGGCAAGAGCACUGAAGUCCAACCCUUCCCAUCUGAGACAGUUGAAUCUGAGUGACAACAAGCUGCAGGAUUCAGGAGUGAAGCGUCUGUGUGGUUUUCUGGAGAUCCUGGGAUGUAGACUUGAAACUCUGAGUCUCAGUCAGGAGAGGGUCUCCAUUCUGUGGAAGACCUCCUGCGUUUUGCCGGUCCCAAAGACAACGCAACCCAAGGAGUUGAACCACUUCAGACCCGUUACACUGACUUCACACCUGAUGAAGACCAUGGAGAGGAUCAAACUUCACCACCUUCACCCACUAGUCGGGAGAGACCUUGACCGGCUGCAUUUUGCCUACCAGCUGAACAUUGGGGUGGAUGAUGCUGUCAUCUACCUGCUGCAUCGGGCCUUCUCGCAUCUGAAGAGUGCCAGGUGCAUUUUGAGAGUCAUGUUUUUUGAUUUCUCAAGUGUCUUCAACACAAUCCAGCCCUCAGUGCUAAGUGGGAAGCUGCAAGCUGAAGUGGACCAUCAGCUGUCCUCGUGGAUUAUUUACUACCUCACCAGUAGACCCCAGUAUGUGAGGCUGUGGGACUGUGUGUCUGAGGUGGUAGUCUGUAGCACAGGGGCCCCAGAAGGAACAGUACUCGCCCCUUUCCUCUUCACCCUGUCCACUGCGGAACACUGA